AAUCAAUAUACGCAGCCAUUGAAAGUUUGUUUUUCUGCAAAAGGUUGGAUCUUUGAAGAAACUUCUGAGGCGGGAUAUUGUGAUGUCGGGGGCACUUAAAAGGACGACAGGAUUGACUGGCCUGGCUGUGGCCACAAAUCCCCAUCAUACCCUCGGGGCCCUCUAUGGGAAGAUCCUCAGAGCGCUGCAGAAGAUGCCCUCGGAUGCAGCUUACAGGAGAUACACUGAACAAAUCGUCACGGAGAGAGCAAGGAUUGUGUCAAGUACCCCGGAUGUCAAGGCAAUAGAGAGCAAAAUUGGAUGCGGGCAAGUUGAAGAGCUGAUUAUUCAAGCUGAAAAUGAACUAGUUCUGGCUAGAAAGAUGCUAGGAUGGAAGCCCUGGGAACCUCUUGCUACUCAACCACCAGCAACCCAGUGGGAUUGGCCUCCAGCUAAAAUUACACAGGGCCAGUAGAACACAAUGUAUAUAGAAAACAUCCCUGAAUAAAUAAUUAUAAUAGAUAUUUGAUGCGAAAAA